UCAGUUUCAUUAAUUAUUGAAUCGCUAAAAGGAUAAGCCCUUUUGGUAUCUUCUGUUUUGUGGGGUUUCAACUUCUUAACUUAUUUGUUGUUUGUAGUGUUCUCUAUUGAUAGUAAAUAGAAUUAGGGUGUGUAUUGUGUGAGUUUCCUGUAGAUGUUGUUAUCAUUACAAUCUUUUUUGAAUUUUGUGCAAUGCGUGCCGUUGACUGUUUGGUUGUGUUUCUUUUUUCUAGUAAUUGGUUGUUGCAGAGGGUAGAUUAGCUUUUCACAUUGCUUGUGGUGUAGUUUGGAAAGUUUUAGCUUUAAAUCAAGAUUUGGUUUUUCAUUGCGGGGUUGCUGAAUUUUGGUGAAUGAAAGUGUUCUGCAUUUUGGGGUUGCUGAAAUUUUCUCAUUUCUGAGCAGAUUUUGAUGCACAGGAUUGUUUAUGAAUUCUGGAGUUGCUGAAUUUUGCAAGUUGUCAGCAGAUUUUUAUGUUUGUUGCUGAAUCUGGAGUUUAGUUGAAUUUGAGUUCUCUUACAAUUGUUUGCGAAGCUUGAAAUUUUAGAACACUAGGUGUGUCAGUUUGGUGAAUUUAAGUGGUUUUGGAGUUCAUCAGAUGAAAUGGAUAGCAAUGGGCUUAAUGGCAAUCAGAGCACAAGGGAUUCAGAAGUACCAAACAAUGCUGAUGAACGGUGUGAUGCUACUUUUUCCGAUGAAUUAGAUGGCGGGAGAACAAGUUCUUCAUCACUUAAGGACAUUAGGUCUUCAGAUGAGCAUGUUGAUGAGUGUUUGACUCCAGAAAUGAAAUAUGAGAGAACACAUCGGAGUUCUAGUCCUCCACCUCUAGCUCGGAGAGGUUUGGAGCACUGCAUUACUGCACCUGUGACUAUUGGCGGAGGUCUUUUCCCUGAAGGCCAGGAUAUGGCAUUUUCAAGAUCUUUGACUGAGAGGAGGGUUAGUCCAAGACAUAAUCUAAUAUUGGAUAGACUCUCUGAACGUGGAAAGCAAAAGCUCAUUGUGGAUCUGGUAAAGAUUCAAGGGGAUGGAACAGUAGAGGUUGACCUUACUAAGAAUUUUAAUAAGUCAGUUCCAAAGUUGAAAAUCGUGGUGCUUAUUGUUGGAACCAGGGGAGAUGUUCAACCAUUUUUGGCUAUGGCCAAGAGACUUCAGGCGUUUGGUCAUCAUGUCAGGCUGGCAACUCAUUCUAACUUCCGCGAUUUUGUCAAAUCCGGAGGCAUAGACUUCUACCCAUUGGGUGGUGAUCCUCGGGUAUUGACAGGAUAUAUGGCCAGGAACAAAGGUCUCAUUCCUUCUGGACCAGGAGAGAUAUCUGUACAACGAAAGCAGCUAAAGGCUAUUAUUGAAUCUCUUCUUCCGGCUUGCACUGAGCCAGAUAUUGAAACUGGUGAACCUUUCAGAGCACAAGCGAUUAUUGCAAAUCCUCCUGCUUAUGGACAUGCACACGUUGCUGAAGCUCUUGGGGUACCCCUCCACAUCUUCUUCACAAUGCCCUGGACGCCAACUUAUGAAUUUCCUCACCCGUUGGCUCGUGUACCUCAACCUGCUGCGUAUUGGCUUUCCUACAUAGUCGUGGAUUUACUGAUCUGGUGGGGCAUAAGAGGUUUGAUCAACGAGUUUAGGAAAAAGAAGCUAAACCUUCCUCCUAUCGCCUACUUCAGUACAUACCACGGAUCACUUUCUCACUUCCCAACUGGCUACAUGUGGAGUCCACAUGUUGUGCCAAAGCCUAAAGAUUGGGGCUCUUUGGUUGAUAUUGUUGGCUAUUGUGUCUUAAACCUUGGGAGUAACUACCAACCUCCUGAAGAUUUUAUCAAGUGGAUCCAAAAUGGGCCUAAACCUGUAUAUAUUGGGUUUGGGAGCAUGCCUCUUGAAGAUACCAUUAAAACUACAGAUAUAAUUUUGGAGGCACUAAGGAAUACUGGGCAGAGGGGAAUUCUUGACCGAGGUUGGGGAGAUCUUGGUACUUUUCAAGAUAUUCCUGAAGAUGUUUUUCUUGUUGCGGAGUACCCUCAUGAUUGGCUUUUUCCUCAAUGCGCAGCUGUUGUUCAUCACGGUGGAGCUGGAACCACAGCCGCGGGACUACGUGCUGGGUGUCCAACAACUAUAGUACCGUUCUUCGGUGAUCAAUUCUUCUGGGGCGAUAGAAUUCAUCAAAAGGGACUGGGACCUGCUCCAAUUCCUAUUGAGCAGCUUAGUGUAGAAGGACUCUCUGAUGCUAUAACAUUUAUGCUCCAGUCUGAUGUGAAAUCGCGAGUAAUGGAACUAGCUGUAUUAUUAGAGAAGGAAGAUGGUGUUGCAGGUGCAGUUGAUGCUUUCCACCGGCAUUUGCCUUCAGAAAUGCCAUUGCCAACCCCGUCUUAUCAUGAGGAUAUCGAUGGUCCAAAUCCGUUACAGUGGCUUUUCACAAGGAUUGGAAGAAUCUGUUGCCUGCCUUGUGGUUCUUAGCUCAGAUACUGUAUUCAUAGUUGUUUCAUAUUUUAUUUAUUAAUUGGUUCAACAUAUCAUUCUUUUUUCUUGGCUUGUAAAAUAAUAAAGCAAGUUACAUGGCAAAACUUUAUAGACAUAUUAUUACUAGUUUUUUCAUA